GAAUUCCUUAUUCGUUUUAGGUGAACGGUCAAUAUCAAGGACGCUUUAUAAAUGCUGAUAACGAAAAUGCUUUCUCCAAAAUCAGUGUUAAUUACAGGAUGUAACCGUGGCAUUGGACUGGAAUUUGUCAAGCAGUUCCUUCAACUGACGAAACCGCCACGGUUCCUUUUCGCUUGCUGUAGGAAUCCGGAACAAGCAACGGACUUGAAUGUAAUUGCAAAGUCAAAUUCAUCUGUAACAGUUCUUCAGAUAGAUGUAACAAAACAGGAAUCUAUUGACAAAGCAAAGGCAUAUGUUGCAUCAAAAGUUGAAGGCGACGGCUUAAAUCUAUUAAUCAACAAUAGUGGAUUAGUUGGUCGUCAAGGUGUUGAAGAUGUAACGAGAGAAGAUAUGCUCAAGUGUUAUGAAGUUAAUGCGAUCGGUCCUUUAAUGAUGGCACAGGCAUUUCUACCAUUGUUAAGACAAGCUGCUAGCCUUUCCCCAUCAGAACCAUUAUCAUGCAACAAAGCUGCCAUCAUUAACAUGUCCACUGGUGUGGCGUCCAUUUCUGAAAAUUCUUCAGGCGGAAGAUAUCCGUACAGAGCUUCAAAGGCGGCCUUGAAUAUGAUCACGUCAAACCUUAGUCUGGAUUUAAAGACAGAUGGUAUUUUAUGUACAGCUAUACAUCCAGGAUGGGUAAAGACUGAAAUGGGAGGUCCUAAUGCCUUGAUAAGCACAGAAGAAUCUCUCAAAGGGAUCAUGUCUGUUCUGGAGAAACUGCAAGGAGAGGAGGGUUCUGGGAAAUUUUAUCAUGGUGUCAGAGGUGAUUUAAUCGGAUGGUAAAGAGUGAAAGACAGUUGCUAUUGAUAUACGCUAUGCCAAUGGAAACUCAAGUUUUUUAACUAUGGAUGUAAAACAUGACUAGAGAAAAAAUUCUGCUUCAUUCUGAUUGUGUUUGUUUAAAUUGUUUGUUGAAAUUCUCAUAUACGUUUUAUAUUAUAUAGGAUGCUUGCACAUACUCACUAUUUUCAUAAAAUCGUAUCGCUUUUAUGAAUAUUCGACUAGUACUGGUAUUUUUUAUCCUUACUGUUUAAUGUUUACAAGAAUAAAAACGUUUCUACAAUAACAUAAAGGAAUUUUAUAAUACAA